AUGACUGUCCAAGACGACCACCAGAUGGGAGGAGUGGAGGAGACCAAUACUGCCGCCGACAAGGGCAAGGGCAAAGCUCCCAACCCGCCUGCGGAGCCACAAGUCGAGGAGGAGGACGACUCCAGCGAGGAAUCUGGCGCAGAGGAACCCGAGGUCGAAAUCGAGGAGGUAGAGGAUGAGGAUGCCAUGGACGAGAUCGACACCAGCAAUGUUUUGCCCAGCCGUACGCGUGGUAAGACCAUCGACUAUGCGAAGGCGGCCGAGGAGCUCGGCGAGGAGGACGACGACGAGGACGAUGACGAGGACUUCCAAGGUGACGAUGCUAUGGAGGAAUAA